UUCCAUUUCGGUGGCUUCAACUUUGCAGCUGCCGCGUCUCUUCGUGGUCUGGGCAGAAAACUUUCACAUCCAGAGUUGCUGAUGCGGAUUUUCUUUCUUUCCCCUCUCGGCCUGACGAGCGCUUGGCUCCUGACAGAAGCCCUUUGGCUCCCGGCUCUGUAGUUGGGAAGAAGUUGGGUCCCUAGAUCCCCCCACCUCUCAUUGAUGCGUUGAGCCUCAGAGGGACUGGCACUGCGUGUAAGCAUGUUGGUGUCUCCAGGGGUCCUCCUGCAUUCCUACGGUGUGCCCAUGAUCCUGCCCGCAGCACCCUGCUUCCCUGGACCCAUUCAGGGUAAUCAGGAAGCAGCAGCUGCCCCUGACACGAUGGCCCAGCCUUACGCUUCGGCCCAGUUUGCUCCGCCGCAGAACGGCAUCCCCGCGGAAUACACGGCCCCCCACCCCCACCCCGCGCCAGAGUACACGGGCCAGACCACCGUCCCCGAGCACACGUUAAACCUGUACCCUCCCGCCCAGUCGCACUCGGAGCAGAGCGCCGCGGACACCAGUGCGCAGACCGUGUCCGGCACCGCCACACAGACAGAUGACGCAGCACCACCGGAUGGCCAGCCCCAGACGCAGCCUUCUGAAAACACAGAAAACAAGUCUCAGCCCAAGCGCCUGCAUGUCUCCAAUAUCCCCUUCCGGUUCCGGGAUCCAGACCUCCGGCAAAUGUUUGGUCAAUUUGGUAAAAUCUUAGAUGUUGAAAUUAUUUUUAAUGAGCGCGGCUCAAAGGGAUUUGGUUUCGUAACUUUCGAAAAUAGUGCCGAUGCGGACAGGGCGAGGGAGAAAUUACACGGCACCGUGGUAGAGGGCCGUAAAAUCGAGGUAAAUAAUGCCACGGCUCGCGUCAUGACAAAUAAAAAGACCGUGAACCCCUAUACAAACGGCUGGAAAUUGAAUCCAGUUGUGGGUGCCGUCUACAGUCCCGAGUUCUAUGCAGGCACGGUGCUGCUGUGUCAGACAAACCAGGAGGGACCCUCCAUGUACAGUGCCCCCAGUUCACUUGUAUAUACUUCCGCAAUGCCCGGCUUCCCGUAUCCAGCUGCCACCGCGGCAGCUGCCUACCGAGGGGCGCACCUGCGAGGCCGCGGCCGCACCGUGUACAACACCUUCAGGGCCGCGGCGCCCCCACCCCCUAUCCCGGCCUACGGCGGAGUAGUGUAUCAAGAGCCUGUGUAUGGCAAUAAAUUGCUGCAGGGUGGUUACGCUGCAUACCGCUACGCCCAGCCCACUCCUGCCACUGCUGCUGCCUACAGUGACAGUUACGGACGAGUUUAUGCUGCCGACCCCUACCACCACACACUUGCUCCAGCCCCCACCUACGGCGUUGGUGCCAUGAAUGCUUUUGCACCCUUGACUGAUGCCAAGACUAGGAGCCAUGCUGAUGAUGUGGGUCUCGUUCUUUCUUCAUUGCAGGCUAGUAUAUACCGAGGGGGAUACAACCGUUUUGCUCCAUACUAAAUGACAAAACCAUAAAAAAUCCUUCCAAUGUGGGGAGAAAGGAAGCUUUCCGAGGCCUGAGUAUUGCAAUACAUGCAGUAGUGCAUCAUUUUAGCAACUCUAAAGAAUAAAAAAAAUAAAAUAAAAUAAAAAGAGGGAAAAAAAUUACAUUUUUUAUCUUAUACCUCAGAUAUUUUGUUCUGUGUAUUUUAAUAUUGUGGGUCUUUAAUUUCUGAAGGUUCUGUAGUUUGGUUGCUGGCUGUAGGAGUUUCUGUGGUUGAUCUAGAGAGACGCUAGAUAUGAAUAAAAACUGGUUUAGGGCCAUAUCCAGAGUGCUAUAUUAUUGUAAAUGAAUUAUAUAUGCUGAAUACAAAGCUACUGGGGGUAAGCUGUUUGGGAAGAGUGUAAGUGACUACCGUAGUCCUUCUUUUCUGCAUCUGCAUUAUUUUAUUUUGUGAAAGGGAAGGUUGGGAGGGGCUUGGGGUGUGGGACUCGGGGUUUGGUUGAAAGGAAAAAAAAAAAGACAGAGUGACUAAUGACUCUAAAUGACCCACGGCACUAACCAUCAUGUAUCAGUGGUUCUAAGUUACCCAUUGCCAGUUCAAGCCAAAGGUCAUGUGGUUAAGGGGCUGCUUCUAGUGGCACUUGGUCGACAGAGUCGAACAAAGCUGGGCAAACCCACCCUUUAAACCAUUCCACCCAGCCACUAGUUACUUAGGCAAAAGCUACUAGUUAGGCCAUCAACAAGCAUUCUUUUUAUAUUUCUUCCAGUAUAAUAAAUUAUUGAUAUCAUUGCUGACUUUUAUAUUACGGGAGGGAAAAAAUAACAUUAAUAAAAUGGUGAUAAAAAGCACUGUUUCUAUUUUUUUCUUUUUUUCCAAAAAAAGAAAGUAAUAAAAACUUAAAUUCUUUGUACCAGUUAAAAAAAUGUAUAAAAUUUACAUCUGUGCAGUGGAGUUGUUGACUUCUAGAAGCAGUCUAUGAAGCUUUAGUUUUAGCUUAGUAGAACAACUGUUAGAGACAGACGUAUAAUUUUUAUGGAAUUACACGAUAAUCAUAUUCGGAUUUAUAGACGCAUUUUACAAGUAUUGCAAUCAUCGAGUAGAGAUAAUCACGGUAUUUUCAUCAGCUUGGUACUUUUUGAAACACGACUGCGUUUUGUGAGCAAUCUGCAAUUUUUCGGUCCGUGGGAACCUGCCCUUCCGCCUCUCCCCCCAAACCCCAGGAAUCUCUUAAACCAGUAUCUUUAGUUCUGUCUCCAAGGCCCAGGACAUUUGUCAGAAGGAAGCAAAAACAAAACAAAACAAAACAAAAAAAGACUACUAGAUCCACCCUCUUCAUCCCCCAAAGAGCAAAGUCCCCUACCCUUUCUGGGAUGCAGGGCCAGAGGGACACAGCCAGAAAAAUUGCAGUUUGUCUGUAACUUCUUCUGUUUGAACUCUUCCCAUGUUGUCCUGUUUACAAGUUAACCUAAGUUGGGGUAUCUGUCACGGGUCUUCCUGUUUUUGUAUUUGAAUUAAAUGACAAGCAGCAGCAAGCUGUCCCCGAGUAGUUCUGCUGCCAUCCUUAAAUCCUCACAUGUGCAGUGCUGGCCCCCAGGGCUGGCACUUUAGUGUUAUCAACUCUCUGCUGUGAACCUGCCAAUCUGCUGUAACAACUCUGCUUUAAGACAAAAAACCAAACAAAACUUUAAAAAAAAAAAAGUGUUUGUGAUCCAGAGCUUUUCCUUGUCCUCUUAUGUGCAUGCCGUAAGAUCAGUUGGAUAUUAAACCAUCAAUAAAGUUUCACAAGAUUUGAAAACAAAGUUUCUGUAGCUUCCAUAUCUAAGACAGACUAGAGUGAUCUGGAGGUGGGAGGGGGGGACUUCUGAGCAGCCAGGAACAUAGAAAUUGUCCUUUCGCCAGUCUUCUUUGGGUGGGGGAGGGGAGGGGAGGGGGCGGGGGUGUUUCUCAGCAUCACUGAGAAGGUCUCAUCCCCACCGGGAAAGCACUGAGAUGCCAGUGGGUACCGCCUGGUUGAGGUUAUUCACGGAAACCAUUUAUUCCAAUGCUAUAGCAUCCUACCCCAGAGGGGGAAAAGACAGUAGGAACAGAGGGCUGGGAAGGAUAAAUAGAUUUCUCCCAAUGGCCUCAGAUGUCAAAAUCCAGAAUUUGCAUUGUAUUUGGAAUCACAAACAUAGAAUUCUUACUGUGUUGGUUAAAGUAAAAUUCAUUUGCAGUUUUGAUUUCCAUCGAUGGGCUGUACUUUUCCCCCAUGAUCGUAUGUAGUUUUAAUAAAAAUCACUUAGAGCAAGUGGGUGCCAACCGAUGUUGCAGAAUCGUUUGUCUUAGGCUCUCUGCCAAGAUGCCAAUAAGUCAUUUUAAAAUGUAUGUCAGAGAUGUAAACAAACAUUUUGGAUUUCUUUUUUAAAUCAGUACUUACUUGGAAUGUUUUCAUUUAUCUAAAUAACUAUUGCUAUUAUGAAUUAUGGAAAAAAAUGAUUAAUAUCAUGUGUGGCAUAUGGUGACUUCUUAACACACAUCACGCAGUCUGCAAACCCAGAAAAUGUGUAUAUCUGUCUUUAGAGAUUAGUGUUUAUAUCACUUACAGUGGUUUGUGAAUAAAGAAAACUGGUUUGUAAUAUCAAAAAAAUAAAAGAUUAGUCUGAAAAGGU